AUGAGCGGUCCAACUGAUGAUGUUAUCCAGUCAACGAAUGACGAUGCUACAUCCAGUAAAGCUUAUGCAGUGUCCCGUGGAUAUUGGAAAGACAAAUACAUCAAAUAUUUUUGCGCAUCUCCCACUCAUAAGACUCCUGAGAUAAAUCGUGGGUACUUCGUAAGAACAACUGCAUUCAGAGCAAUAGCUGAAUCUUUUGUUAAGUCCACAGGUGGAGUCUGUCAAAUUGUCAAUCUUGGUGCAGGUUCAGAUACCCUCUACUUUUUGUUGAAAAGUUCACAAUGGACCCCUAAACUUUACGUCGAGAUUGACAUGAAAGCUAACGUUCAGUACAAAGCUGUGGUAAUCGAACGAAGAAAACUGCUGGAAACUGCCGAGGCAAAAGCAAGCACUCAAACAAGCGUGACAGUCAAUACUUCACAGCACCGCUUUCACUACGUUUUCGACGGAGGACAGUUCCAUUUACUCGGCUUUGACUUACGAAGGCCAGUUCAAGAGCUUAUAGAUCUACUAUGUUCUCCAGUUCACGGAAUUAAUUGCUCUCAAUCCUGCCCAACUCUCUUCCUAGCUGAAUGCGUACUUGUUUAUAUGCCUCCGGAUACCAGCUAUCAGUUAAUAAAGAGUUUGUCAGAAAGCUUUCCUUGCGCUUCAUUUUGCACUAUGAACAGGCAGGUUAAUAUGAGCGAUCAGUUUGGCUCCAUAAUGAUCAAGAAUUUUCGUGCUCGUUCCUGUGAACUCCCGGGUCUUGAAGCAUGUAAUUCACUGAGUACUCAGGAAGAACGAUUUCUUAAUGCUGGAUGGAAAAAAGCGAAAGGCUGGACUAUAAAUCAGGUCUAUAAAGCAUUAUCCGCUAGUACACGGUACAGAGUAGAACAUUUAGAGAUGCUAGAUGACCUUGAAGUAACUACGCAGUUAUUUGAUCAUUAUUGUAUUCUUCUGGCGACAAAUGAUGAGACGUUCUGCCCAUGGAAACAAUUAGAAGAAGCGGUGGCUACUAUUGAAUAG